AUGUCACAGAACAAUCAGGUGGAGUCUUUGAGUGAUCACAUCUCCUCAUCUAGUAUUAACGAUAAUGAACACUUUACAAAUGAUCUUCCUUCUUCUGACUUAUUUUCGGAUCAUGCACAUCCCGAGGAAGACGGUUUUAGUGGAAUUGAUCUUCAGAACAAUUCGAUGAAUUUGACCUUCAGUGGGUUACCUCAGCCUGGAAGAUACAGUUCAAAUACAUUUGAACAACACCAUAGUUUAUCCUCAGCAGUUCCAUUUUAUCACAAUGGUACUGCAUCAUCUAGGAUUCCUGGUAGUAGAAAUUCUGUUUCAACUUUAGCAGAAGACACUAAUUCAUACACACACAAUCAACAGCUCUAUAAUGUAUCCUCAAACAACCAUGUCCAGUUACCACUGACUCCAGUGCCAUCAGUACCAGAAUACAAUGGUAUUACAUCAGCUGGAUCAAAUUCAUUUUCAACAAAUUCACAUCAGUACCGUGUUGUGGGUUAUCCAAAUUCUUCUGUUCCAGGUUGUUAUAAUGGUACUUUAUCGACUAGGUCAAAUUCGGUUCCAACAAAUUCACAUCAGUACCGUGAUGUUAUGGGUUAUCCAAGUUCUUCUGGUCCAGGUUGUUAUAAUGGUACUUUAUCGACUAGGUCAAAUUUGGUUCCAACAAGUUCACAUCAGUACCGUGAUGUUAUGGGUUAUCCAAGUUCUUCUGAUCCAGGUUGUUAUAAUGGUACUUUAUCGACUAGGUCAAAUUUGGUUCCAACAAGUUCACAUCAGUACCGUGAUGUUAUGAGUUAUCCAAAUUCUUCUGGUCCAGGUUGUUAUAAUGGUACUUUAUCGACUAGGUCAAAUUUGGUUCCAACAAGUUCACAUCAGUACCGUGAUGUUAUGGGUUAUCCAAGUUCUUCUGGUCCAGGUUGUUAUAAUGGUACUUUAUCGACUAGGUCAAAUUUGGUUCCAACAAGUUCACAUCAGUACCGUGAUGUUAUGGGUUAUCCAAGUUCUUCUGGUCCAGGUUGUUAUAAUGGUACUUUAUCGACUAGGUCAAAUUUGGUUCCAACAAGUUCACAUCAGUACCGUGAUGUUAUGAGUUAUCCAAAUUCUUCUGGUCCAGGUUGUUAUAAUGGUACUUUAUCAACUAGGUCAAAUUUGGUUCCAACAAGUUCACAUCAGUACCGUGAUGUUAUGGGUUAUCCAAGUUCUUCUGAUCCAGGUUGUUAUAAUGGUACUUUAUCGACUAGGUCAAAUUCGGUUCCAACAAGUUCACUUCAAAAUAGUGGUCAGAAUGGACCUCCAACAACACAGCGUUUUUUUAUUGAUACAAAUCAGUACGUCACUGUAUCUGGAAGUUACGAGGAGCCAAUGGAUGAAUCGGUUGAAGAGGUGCAGAUUGCUAGCGAUGUGAGAGCAGAAAAUCGACUUGAACUACGCAGUGAAUGGGUUCGGUUACACACUUUUUUUAGAAAGUGGCCCAAUGAUAUGCCACCGCAGAUAAACCCCUCAACACUAUCACAGGAUGGAUUUUACUAUUUGGGUCCAUUCGACAGAGUCCGCUGCAUAUUUUGCUCGGGCAUCCUUAAAAAAUGGGAUGCUGAAGAUAUUGUUGAAACUGAACACAGGAAGCAUUUUCCAAAGUGUCCAUUUGUGCUGGGCCUUGAUGUAGGAAACAUUCCUCUUGAUAGGAGUGCAGUGUCAACUAAUGUAAUAUCCAAAUCGGAUUCUUUUGGUGUUUUGUCAGUUCAGAACUUUGGUAAGCCAUCAAAUGAGUCACCCAGCGAACGAGCAGAAACUCUUGGAAUCGUUCAGAAUAAACCAAAGCAUCCAAGGUUUUCACUUGAAGCAGACCGCCUGGCAACCUUCAAGAAUUGGCCAAGUCAAAUAAAACAACAGCCUGAACAAUUGGCUAAAGCUGGACUGUUUUAUGUUGGAAAUAGCGACAAUGUAAAAUGUUUUACCUGUGACGGUUUGCUUAGCCAGUGGGAACCAGGAGACGACCCAUGGAUAGAGCAUGCCAGGUGGUUCCCAGACUGUCAGUUUGUGCGACUUGUCAAGGGAGAUAACUUCAUAGAACAGGCGUUGCAAAGAGAAACACCUAUGGAGGAAAAAGAAACUAAAAGCCAUUCAGAAAAAGAACACAAGCAGGACAGUGUUGCGAUUCAGGCUCUUCUCGAAAAUGGCUGCAAAAUGCAGGAAGUCAGUGAAGCCAUCAAGUGGUUACAUGAAAAUGGAGGUGUUCCAGAUGAUGUUAUUCCUUCAGCAGAAAAAAUUUACAAAAUAAUACUGGAUAAAGAAAUGACACCAAAUGGGAACGUUGUUAGUGAGGAUUUUCAAGACCAAAAAAGAAAAUCCCCAAAUAAGAACAGUGAAGAAACAGGAGGUUGUUAUAGGUCAAAUUCGGUUCUAACAAGUUCACUUCAAAAUAGUGGUCAGAAUAGACCUCGAACAAUACAGCCAUUUUUCACUGAUACGAAUCCGUACGUCACUGUAUCUGGAAGUUACGAGGAGCCAAUGGAUGAAUCUGAUGAAGAGGUGCAGAUUGCUAGCGAUGAAAAAGAAACUAAAAGCCAUUCAGAAAACAGUGCCGCGAUUCAGGCUGUUAUCGAAAUGGGCUGCAAUUUGCAGGAAGUUGAUGAAGCCAUCAAGUUGUUACAUGAAAAUGGAGAGGCACCUGUAACUAUCUACUAUGCUCCCAAUCUACCGGCAGCCAUUAGUUAG